AUGUGUUACUACGGCAGCUACUAUGGAGGCCUGGGCUAUGGCUAUGGAGGCCUGGGCUAUGGCUAUGGUGGCCUAGGCUAUGGCUAUGGUGGCUAUGGCUAUGGCUGUGGCUGUGGCUAUGGUAGCUAUGGUUAUGGUUGUUGCCGCCCACUCUGCUGUAGAAGGUUCUGGUCCUGUGGCUUCUACUGA